GAGAGAGAGAGAGAGAGUUGAUGGAGAAAGAAUGGCAAAGAGUAAGGAUGAUAUCAAGUAUGGGACAGCACAGGCAAAGCUAUCAGAAGAUGAAAGUCUAAGGAUGAGGUAUAAGCAUGGGACUCCGCUUGAAGGAGGCAAGAUUGCUGAUUCUGAGACUGUUGAUCUCUUCUCUAGUGCUCAUAAUAUUCCCAAAUCAUCGGACUCCGCCACUUCCACUGAUCAAUCUCAGAGCCACCGCCCCUCGAAUGCCGCCGGAGGAAAUGCUACCAAUAACAAUCCCACCACUACCAAUGAUUGAGAGUUUUAUUUUGUUUCAUGUAAUCUGAGAGCGUGUCGUAGAAAAAAGAAGUGUUAGAAUGUUUCUUCUGCUGCUCUCCAGAAACUAUAUGUGUAAUAAUAAUUUAGUUUUUUUUUUCCUAAGAUAGCAAUAUAUAAAAAUUAUUAGAUAGUUUUGUAAUAA